AUGAAGCUUCAUUACAUCGGCAUCAUCCGCAACGAUACAAAGCCGGUCGUCGAACUGGUUAGCGAAAAGGAGCUGUCUGCCUAUUCGCGCUUCACAAAAGCCAACUAUGCAGAGUUCAUGACCCUCUUCUCCAAGACGGUCGCCGAGCGAACGAGGCCGGGCCAGAGACAGGAUGUCGAAGAACAAGAUUAUACCUUCCAUGCGAUGGCGAGGAGCGAGGGUGUUUGUGGAAUAAUCAUCUCCGACCAUCAAUAUCCCAGCCUAGUAGCCCAUCAGCUGCUUUCCAAGGUGGUUGACGAGUUCCUUUCCAAACAUCCCCGCUCCACCUGGGCGACUGGCGAACCGACCCUUGCAUUCCCCGAGCUCAAGGACUACAUCACCAAGUACCAGGACCCGCAGCAGGCCGACAGUAUUCUCAAGAUUCAGAAGGAGCUCGACGAGACCAAGAUUGUCCUGCACAAGACCAUCGAGAGCGUGCUGCAGCGCGGCGAGAAGAUCGAUGAUCUUGUGGCCAAGAGCGACGGCUUGAGCUCUCAAAGCAAGAUGUUCUAUCAACAAGCAAAGAAGCAGAACUCCUGUUGUCUGCUCAUGUAA